AUGGAACCCGCCCGCAAGGCGCCAAAGACAACCAAGUUGACGGGCGAUCGCGCGGCCCGGAAGCGAGAGCAGGACCGGCAAGCUCAGAGAAGCGCGAGGGAAAAGACAAGACAAAGGAUUGCGGCGCUCGAGGAUCGGAUCGAGACGUUGACUCGUUUUCACAAAAGCGGAAAUAUUCAAGAAUUGAUCGAAGAACUGGAUGCGCAGAGGAAAGCGAACGAAGCGCUCCAAUCUACGCUACGGUCGAUUCAAAAGGCUAUUAGCGGGGGUCUUGCUGAUGCAAGCGUCGCUCUCAAAAGCCUUGAUACCGUGAAACAGCCCCCCGACGGAUCGAUCUCGUCCGAUAGCGACCACAGCAAGAAUAUUGGGUCCAAUGGCCGUGGUCCUGAAGGCGCGCAACAAUCAAGCUUCGUCGGCCCGGGCCACCAUACUCACGUCCAGUCUGCAAGUCCGCCUUUUGAAGAACCAAGCAUCAUCGACAGAUAUUCCCCGAACGGCACAUACGUGGGUCUGCCCGACGGGUUGUCGAUAGCGGGAAAACCCCCAGAUGAUGUCCACGUCCCAUUCAAUAGCACCAUGCACACCUUUCCCCUCGACAUGCCAAUGCCACUUCAAGCUUUUCACUCGAGCGAGUCUCAGUGCGGCUGCUGUAAACAGCUACUCUACAUGAACGACAUGCUCGGCCGAUUUGCGCUCACUUGCACACGAAGCAUGGCGGACCAGAGAAUGCGCGACAGUGACAUUGCAAUCCGUGCUAUAGUCCAUGGCUGGGAGGCCGUCACCCAUCUGUACCCGCUAGAUCCCGUCUGGACCAUGCUUCGAACGGCCGACGAGACAGUAUGGCGUAGCUGCGGGUUGGUGGAACGGCUGGCAAUCUUGCGAGUCGUCAGCUUAAUGCUACGACAUCUGUCUGACCCAUCUGAAGCAAAUCUGACCCAUCUUCCGAUGUUCAUGCGACAGCGGCCCUCCCAGCAUCGCAUCAUACACAAACCGCUGAUAGACUUCGUCGUGUGGCCCCCGCUACGUGAGCGCUUGAUCAUGUACCCUCAUCAGCACUGCUCCGACAAAUUCUGGUCCAUGUUCUGGACCUGUUUUCGCUUCACCUGGCCUUACCGUCUGCAGGAUGCCUUCAUUCAACAGGGCCAGACAGGUCUUUAUCGGUAUUCGGACGCAUUCACCAAGUCCUUCUACGACCUGCAAAACUGGUGCAUGACAGACGACUUCGUACGCGAGUUCCCCGACCUCGAAGCGGACUUGAACGUGCUCCCGACCGGCGCGGACCCCCCGCCAGUCACUGUCAGCAGUGAUACACUAGCUAUGACUAAUAGAGCGAUCAGCCAUGACGCUGUGGGCCGUCUCGAUCCCGUUGCUGCGAACAUGUUUACGGCAUUUCCGGCAGAUUGGUCGACGCGGAAUCAGCUCUUCUAG